CUGUAUCACUGUACCGUCUCACUGUAGCACGGAAUACUUUACUGGGGGCUGGAGCCGGAGUUGGAGCUGGGGGCUGGAGCUCGAGCUGGAGCUUGCAUCACAUCACCUGCAGGGUCCACGUCCACGUAAUGCGACACAUGGCCCGUCACUCACCUCAUCUCCAUACAAGUCACGUCGGUAGGCAGCUGCCUCUCACCAUUCACAUAUUGAUCAACCGCGACCCGUUCGGCUCUGUGCCGUGUUCCAACGAAAGACCCAAGUUACUGCUCACUCAGUUCCUACCAAGCUGUGCAGCCAGCCAACAUUCCGAAAGGACGGAACACUAGCAACAUGAAUCUAUUUAGGAUACUGGGAGAUCUCUCCCAUAUGGCGUCGAAAUGCAUCUUGAUAUUCGCGAUCCAUCGGAACAGGAGCAGUGAAGGCGUAUCCAUGAUCACCCAAGUACUCUACACCGUCGUGUUCUUCGCAAGGUACACCGACAUCUUCAGCGAGCUCUCGGAUUGGAACUUGUUCUUCAAGCUGUUCUACAUCGCCUCCUCGAUCUACAUCAUCGCCAUCAUGAGAUACAGAUACGCUCGGACGAGGGAAAGAGAGAUCGCUUGGAAGUUGGGUGCCGCCGUCCUCGGGGGUUCCCUCCUCAUUUCACCUUUUGCUAUGCUCAUCUUCGACAGGCGAAACGACUGGGCUUUCUUCACCUGGCUUUGGGAUUUCUCCGAGAUCCUCGAGUCCGUAGCCGUUCUUCCUCAACUCCUGCUCCUCCGACAGACCACCGUACCCACCGUCAUCAACUCCGGGUACAUCCUUACGCUUGGAUCUUAUCGGGCGCUGUAUAUUCCUAACUGGAUUUGGCGUUACGGCCAAGGUGAUAGCCCUCCGACCAUCUCUGUGGUAUUCGGCAUUAUCCAGACCGCCUUCUACAUCGAUUUCGCAUGGGUCUACUACACGCGCCAGCGCGUCAAGCUCCGAAACGGUGGCAUCGUGGAUGCUGAUGACUUGAGCCGAGGUUGGCUGUUGGACAGGAUCUUUGGCCGCUUCAAGCGAUUCGACAACGCGCCUGACGACGAGGAGAGCGCUCCGGCUCUUGGUGGCAACGGCGACGCGCCAUCUGGCACCCGGAGGUCCAAAUGGGGCGCCAGGGGCAUUUCUGUCAGUGCCGAUGACGACACGUUCGAGCACGAAGCCCAGGGGCACGGAGACUUCAGCGCCGACCCUGAUGCUAAGAUGAAGGACCCGGACGAGCUUGCGCGGGUCUUGGAUGAAGACGAUGAUGACGAGGAUACUCCCGCCGCAUCAUCGGCUUCGUCCCAUGCAGGCGGCACAGGUCAAGCGAAUGGGGUAAGCAACGGUGCCGAAUGGCGAGACUAAGAGUCUAGCACCUUAGUCACCAAAGAUAGGCA